UACAAUGGAGUACCUUUCUUUCUUCGAUGUCAGUCGAUUAUGUUUACUAUGGAAUAUGGAUGUUCUCUUAUAUGCUUGGUUGUAGCUCCUGACACGCAGUUGUAGCUUGGCUCGAGGCGGGCAUCAGCGACGACAAACAUCCUGCUCAAUUUGUUGUAUGAUAAAUACUGCGAAAGGAUGCUGGUGUUUCAUAAGAUGACCGUGCAGCUCAUGAAAAUCCAGAGGGUGGAGUCGAGCGAGACGACGUGGUCGGCGCGGCGCCAGGUCGUGGCGUGCGCUGCUGUUUGCCGGUCGUGGCGCGAGGUCACCAAGGAGGUGGUGAAGACGCUCAAGGAGUGCGGCAGGAUCACCUUCCCCAUGUCCCUUAAGCAGGUUGGCACUCUCUGCCUUUUCUCUACUUUGAUGAUCAAUCACAUGUAUGUUUCAUUCAACUGCAAUAAACCAUUAACUGUAUAAUGACCAAAAGAAA